AUGAAGCUUGAUGUGAAUGUUCUUCGGUAUCUCUCUAAAGAUGACUUCAGGGUUCUCACUGCUGUAGAGAUGGGAAUGCGCAAUCAUGAAAUUGUACCUGUUGAGCUCAUCGAUCGCAUUGCUUCACUCAGACAUGGAGGGACUUAUAAGGUGUUGAAGAAUUUGCUCAAGCACAAAUUGUUGCAUCAUGACUCUUCAAAGUAUGAUGGGUUCAGGCUUACCUACCUUGGUUAUGAUUUUCUUGCUAUUAAGACCCUGGUCAACCGAGGUGUAUUUUCAUCAGUAGGGCGUCAAAUUGGUGUGGGGAAAGAGUCUGAUAUAUUUGAGGUUGCAAAUGAAGAAGGUGAGAUUAUGGCUAUGAAACUACACAGACUUGGUAGAACCUCUUUCAGAGCUGUGAAGUCAAAGCGUGACUAUUUAAAGCACAGAAGUAGCUUUAGUUGGCUUUAUCUCUCUCGCCUUGCUGCUCUUAAAGAGUUUGCUUUCAUGAAGGCAUUACAAGAACAUGGGUUUCCUGUUCCAAAUGCAGUGGAUUGCAAUCGCCAUUGUGUCAUAAUGUCCCUUGUUCAAGGCUAUCCACUUGUUCAGGUGAAGGAGUUGCAAAAUACCAACACCAUUUUUGAGAAGAUCAUAGGAAUUAUUGUCCGUUUGGCUGAGCAUGGCCUUAUUCAUUGUGACUUCAAUGAAUUCAACAUAAUGAUAGAUGAUGAUGAAAAAAUCACCAUCAUCGACUUUCCACAAAUGGUAUCUGUAUCUCAUCGAAAUGCAGAAAUGUACUUUGAUCGUGAUGUUGAAUGUAUAAUCAAGUUUUUCAGCAAGAGAUUCAACCUAUCUUUUGAAGCGGAUGCUGGUGAAUCAGAUUCAGAUUCAGAUGCUGAGUCAGAUAGUAUAAAGCCUCGGUUUUCUUCAAUAAAGAAAGCUUCUGGUUUCCUUGAUAAGGAACUUUCUGCUAGUGGCUUUAGCAGGAAGGAACAAGCUGAUAUUGAAAAGUUUACUCUUGAGAAGAUUCCUGGGUCUGAUGAUGAAGAAAUAGAAGAAGAAGAAGAAGAAGAUGAAGGAGAAAUCCAAAACUUUGAUUCUUUAUGCUCAUUGACCAAUGAUGAAGACCAAGUAAAGGCUUGUGGAAAUAGUGGGGAUGUAGAAGAAGAGGAUCAACAACAGCUCUCUGAAGGGAAACAGCCUGUUAAAAGUGAUCAGGUGAAAGAUGAUGAUGAUGAUGAUGAUGAUGAUGAUGAUGGUGAACUUGCGGAGCGUCUAGCAAAGCAGAGGCGACGUGCUAUUCAAGCAGCAAGAGCAGGAAGGAAGAGCAACAAUGGUUCAAGAAAUGCGUAUAAAGACAAGGGUGCAAAAUCCUCUCAUAAUUCCAAGAUCCAGAAGCAGCAAAUGGCUAGUAGUCAUUGGUGA